AUGGCUACGUACGGUCGAAUAGAUGAAUACGACGAGAGUGAAGAAUGGACACAGUAUGUGGAGCGAAUGGAUCACUAUUUCGAAGCGAAUGAUAUCGAAGACAAAGAUAAGAAACGCUCGAUUUUCCUGAGUGUUAUAGGUGCGAAAACCUAUAAACUACUGCGAGGUUUAAUACGGCCAGAGGUUCCGAACAAAUUGUCAAAUGAAGAAUUAUCUGAAGCUAUAAAAAACCACUAUGUUCCGAAGCCAUCAGUAAUUGUACAACGUUAUGAAUUUAAUACUCGGGUCAGAAGAAACGACGAAUCAAUCUCGACUUUUAUGGCCGAACUUCGGGCAUUGUCUGAACAUUGUGAGUUCGGUAGUGCAUUAGAUGAAAUGUUAAGAGAUCGAUUAGUCUGUGGCGUCAACGAAGACCGAAUACAGAGACGUUUACUGGCUGAACCGACAUUAGAUUUAAAACGAGCUUUAGAAAUUGCACACGGGAUGGAAAACGCCGCUAAAGAUGUUCGUGACUUGAAGGGAGAAAUGCCAAACACAGCGACGAAUAUAAAGAAUGUUAUCGUUGUGGUGGUAAACAUGACCAUACAAAGUGCCGUUUUAAAACUGAAAAGUGCCAUCAAUGCGGUAAAAUUGGACACAUAG